AUGGCAGCAAAACAUUUUCCAGAAAUUUUCUUUGAUCUUCAUAUGAGCGAAGAUGAAUUGGUUUCAAUGAUUGAAGAACGAUUCAAAACAGUCUUCUUUGAAAACGUUUCCGAACCACUCAAACUUAAAAGGCUUACUGGAGGCAUCACCAAUCGAAUUUAUAAAGUUGAUUUCAAUGGAAAACAAGUAUUGUGCAGAAUUAAUGGACUCUCUACAGAAAAGAUUAUCGAUCGAGAUGUUGAACUAUUUCAUAUGCAAGAAAUGUACAAACAUGGACAGGGACCUCAAGUACAUUGUGUUUUCAAGAAUGGUUAUAUCUAUGAUUUCAUUGUUGGAGAAUGUACGUCCACAGCUGAGUUAAUGGCAGACAAGUGUGAAAAAAUUGCUGAAAAAUUAGCCAUGUGGCACAAGAUGAAUAUUGAAAAGGAGAGUCGAGAGCCUGUGCUUUGGAAGCUCAUUAAUAAGUGGGUCGAAAAUGCGAAAGGAUUUGAAUGGAGUGAUAAGGACAAGAGGGAAAAGUUUUCUCAAUUGAAUUUUGAAAAAAUUGUGGAACAAUGUGAAUUUCUCCAAAACAAGAUUUUUAAUGUGAAAGAAAAACAGCUCGUGGAUCCAAAAGAUUUGAACUCUGUUCUUGAUUUAUUUUCUGUUGGCUUUUGCCACAAUGAUUUAUUGGCAUUGAAUGUUCUCUAUAAUGACCAAGACGACUCUGUUCACUUCAUUGAUUAUGAAUAUUGUGGUUAUAGUUAUAGAGCUUUUGAUAUUGGAAACCACUUUGACGAAUAUGCUGGAUUUGAUUUAAAAAAGAAUGACUACCCAAACCAUGAAAUUCAAACCAAGUUUGUUCGAAAGUAUCUCCAAACGGUGUAUGAAGGACCAAGUUCCAAUAUUUCUAAUGAGAUGGUUGAAAAGUAUAGAAAGGGAAUUCAUCUCUUUGCAUGCAUUAGUCAUAUUUAUUGGGGUGUUUGGGCUAUUAAUCAAGCUAAAUUUUCUGAUAUUGAUUUCGAUUACCUGAGUUAUGCUAAGGGUAGAUUUGAAUGGUAUUUUGAGGAGAUUGGAAAUGUAGAUUUUGACAAUUUGUAA